CGUUGUCUGAGACCGGAACCCCAUCCGCGCCGCCCCUCCAUCCCCAUCCAUGGCAGACGACAGCGACGGCGAGGGGUUCUGCGCCGACCCGUUCGAGGACGAUAGCGACGGCGGUGACUCAUGCGACUAUCGCUGCUGCUGUGAUGAUGAUGACGAGGGCGAGUGGUCAUGCGGUGCCCCCUGCGACGAGGACGACGACGACAUCAACGUCGAGGAGAUCUGCAGGGACCCGUGCGACAACGUCGUCGUCGUCGACGACGAAGACGAAGGGGAGGUCGAGGAAGCGUUAUGCCACGACGACGACGAAGGGGAGAGCGAUGGGUCGUUAUGCGACGAGGACGCCGAGGGCGAGCAGUUAUCCGACGACGACGAAUGCGAGGGGAAGGGCGGGGGAUUCGGCGACGACCGGUGUGACGAUGAGGACGAGGGCAAGCCCGACGGGGAGAGCGAGGAUUUCCGCGAGAACCCCUCCAACCAUGACGAAGAUGUCGGUGCGGAGGUGCUAUCCGGCGGCGGCGGCGGUGGCUUCCGCGGCGGGGAGUUAUUCGUCUCCCGCUUCCUUUUUUCAGAUGCUUCCGACAUCUCCGACUCCGAUCAUUCCGACUCCGAGGUAGAGGAGGCCGGCGGCGGAGAGGGGCUCACGCCCAGCGGGUUCGACCAGACGCCGUCGCCCGGGGCCUUCCGGAUGGCAGUGGGCGUAGAAGACAGCGACUCCGAUACCAUAUCCACCGAUUCCGAUUAUGAAGACGACUACGAAUUCUUCAAGCGGCCUGCGUCACGCCAGGCAGUGGAAGGCCUACCGGAGAUGAUCCUCAGCGAGGAGGAGGCCACGUGCGGCUGCGCGGUGUGCAAGGAUGUAUUCGCGUCAGGGCAGCGCGUUGUCUUUCUCCCGUGCAAGCACUACUUCCAUGGCGACUGCAUCCUGCCAUGGCUCGCCAUGAGGAGCACAUGCCCUGUGUGCCGGUAUCAACUCCCCACCGAUGAUACUGGGUCUGGGCAGCGACCGUCACAUCAAUUGAGGGUUCUUUUACCAGUGGGUCGUCAGGGUGCAUCUCAGCAGGUAUGAUCUUGGACAUUGUAGUGCUAAAUUCUUGGUUGCAUUGUCAUGGUAGGGUUGGAAUGUUUGUGAAAUUUGUGCGUGGGAUAUGGCAAGGUGAUUCAUAUAGUUCCAGUAUGCAAUAGUCCUGCAAUUCCUAGUUGCUUUGAUUGCUUAUUUGCAUCAAAAUAUCAUCUGACAUUCAGGAUUUGAGGUUAGCAAUGCUCUUUUUGCAUACGAAAUCUGAAUCUAUUCAAGGGUUGGGUUUUCUGUGGGGUGACCCAUGUGAACCGUAGAAGCAUAAAAGAAGUCUUUAGGAGAGCAGAAUUUUAGAAGCAUACAAUCUGUAUGCACGGAACCAAAUCACUGUUUCCUUUGUGCGUUUUACUGAAAUUGACUAACUGGUCAUUGUUUAUGCCUUGAACAAAUUGGUACCAGUCUGUUAGGCAAUGUGGUUUGAUCAUUUUCUUUUACAUAGUUACAUAUCGGCAGGGGAAAUUGUCAUCAGUAUUGACUCCAAGCUCCAAGCCCCAUUUGCACAUCAGAUUUUAGUAGUAUAUAAAGCAAUAGCGCACGUGUUGUCAUGGCAUUUACGAAAAGAAUACACUGGCGCAUAUGACGAUGUCCUAUUCUACUGUUGUUUGUGUUCGAGAUGAGGCAUUUCAAAUUUCAAUAUUGCUUCUUGUUUGAUCAGUGACAUACGCCACUUUCCAUCUACUAUCCACUUUGCACCUUUAGCUUCUACUCCGCCACACAAUUUCCAGUAAGGCUUAAUAGUUUGCCUGUAAAGACAAUUCCAGUGUGUGUUUUACUGAAAUUGACUUAACUGGUCGCUGGUUAUGCCUGAACAAAUUUCUGUUACAUAAUUAUAUCUGCAAGGGAAAUUAUCAUCAAUAGGAGUCCAACCUCCAUUUGCACAUCACAUUUUGGUAUACAGCAAUCAAACAUGUAGCCUUUUUAGCCUUUAGCAAAAGAAGGCACCGGAGCAUACCUAUGAUGAAUGGACCUUCUAGCGUCCAGGGGUCAGGGUUGGGCAUUUACCAACCAGUAACAUCUAUUUAUCUUUCCCGAUUCAUUAAUUCUGAUAUCCUUCAUGCUCCAAUAUACAGUACCUGACAAAAUCGUGGGCAUACGACGAUGUCCUAUUGUACUGUGUUUGUGUUCGGGAUGUGGUUCUUCAGUAUUGUUCUGUGGCUUGUUUGCUAAGUGUCAUAUUGUCAGUAAGUAGACUUGCCACUUUCCAUCUACCAUCCACUCCGCAUCUUUAGGUCCUAUUGGAUUCCGCAACACAUUUUCAGGA